AUGGACCCGAAAGACACAGACAUCGAGAUGAAACUAACCACUCCAAGUCCAGAGGUGGCUCACGCCCACAAACAAUCAGCCAAAAUAACCACCCUUCAGAAAUCAGUCACAACCCUCCAAUCUCAGAUCGAUUCAAUUCAAUCCGAUCUAAACGAGAUCAUCCCAAAACUACACAACGAGCCAGACAAAACAGUCAAGCAACACAUUCACCUCCUACAUUCUUACAAUGAGAUUAAGGACGUGGCGCAGGGAUUGAUGGGAUUACUGGCCGAGAGUCGGGGGGAGAGAAUUGGAGACGUGAGUAGGAGUUUUGGGAUGUUGGACAAGGAUUGA